AGGCCUUCCUCCUCUGCGAGGGUGAGUUGAGUACCAAGUCAACUCUACCGUCACAAUUCUGAUAUAAGCUACCUUUAGGCAUCAAACGCAAACAUCAAAGUCGAACACCUUUUCUUUCCCUUCUUUCGACAGCACUUGCACUGUCCACUACCCAAAAUGAAUCGUCUAGCUGUCGCCGCCGAACGCCGCGCGGCUAAUCUGGCCCAGAACUACGGGCGUGCCAUCAACCUGUCCGCGGGCUGUGCGGUUUUACCCCUGCCGGUUUUGAAGCAGGCGCAGAAGAACUUCCUCGACACGCGGGAUUUGGGGCUGUCGGUCACGGAAAUGGGCUACCGGACCCGAAAUUUUCACGUCGAGAUGGAGGAGGCGGAGGCCAGUUUCCGCAAGUUGCUGAACAUCCCGACCGAGACCCACGAAGUGCACUUUUUCAACGGCGGAGCGACGCUGCAAUUCGCGGCGAUCCCGAUGAAUCUGCUGGGUCGGGCCGUGAAACACGACGGGGGGAAGUCGCAAAAGCUCGCUAUCCUGAGUAAAAACGCCCCCACACCAGAGUCAGGAUGGGGAUUUUGCAACACAAACCUAGGAGUUUUGUGAGUCACGCAUGACAAGUUGCAGGCUGUACUGUAGUGCAGCUUAGCAAGGGAAGCCGCAGAACAAAUACGUCUCCUCAUCCUGUUUACAGCAUUACAAGUUCCAAAACACGACGGGGAAUGCCUCUCUUGGGGAUGCGCAUUACAAAUGCUCUUGUGCUUGCAAAUCUGCAUGACAACUCUGGGGUGGGGACGUUUUUAAAUACGAUACUCGCCUGCAACUACAUCAUGAACGGGCACUGGUCGGAGAAGUCGCGCAACGAGGCCAAGUUGUUCCAAGAACUGUUGCCGAACCUUAUCCUGAGUAAAAACGUACCCACACCAGAGUCAGGAUGGGGAUUUUGCAACACAAACCUAGGAGUUUUGUGGGUCACGCAUGACAAGUUGCACUAUGCAGUGUAGUGCAGGUUAGCAAGUGCAGCCGCAUCACAGAUUCAUCUGCUCAUCCUGUUCACAGCAUCACAAAUUCCAAAACACAAUUGGAAAUGGCUCUGAUGGGGAUGCGCAUUACAAGUCUUCCUGUCUUUGCAAAGCUGCAUUACAACUCUGGCGUGGGUACGUUUUUACUCAGGAUAAACCUGGAGGUGAAUGAAGUGACGGAUUGUCCGCUGCAGAAGAAUCUCUUCUUCAUAUCCUGUGCAAAAGUAUCGCACUCGUAUUGCAAUCAUGCAUUACAAAUCCUUUUGUUAAGGUAAAUUUGCAUUACAAAUUUUAUUUCUCAUGCUCAGGAAAUUUGUAAUGCAUUUAUACGAAUACGAUACUUUUGCAGUUCAUACUUCAGCUUAUCAAACGACUACGAGAGAGACUGGAAGUUUCUGAAAACUACUACACAAGAUGAAGAAAUAAACAAGAAAACCCCAACAUCUUCAAGAAAAGCAGUUUACACACACUACACCGCGGCGGACACGCGCCAGGGGUUUGAGUUUCACGAUUUCCCCUACGAAAUUGUCCCGAAGGACCAGAUUCUCGCCUGCGACGCGAGUGCGAAUCUAGGGUCGAAGCCAAUCGACGUCUCCAAGUACGGCGUGCUCUACGCCGCGGCGCACAAAAACUUCUCGACCAGCGGCGUGUGCUACACCAUUAUCCGAAAGGCCUUGCUGGAGGAAAAUGCUGUGUUACCAGGAACCCCGACCAUGUGCAACUGGUGGAAGUUUCAGACCGCAGACAACAAAAUCUACAACGUGCCGGUCAUUUUCGCGAUUUGGCUGGGCAAGUUGACGACGAACUGGAUGUUGGAGCAGGGGGGACUCCAAUUUUUCGACGAGCUCGCGAAAACGCGGGCCAACGUCUUGUACAAUUUCAUCGACAACGAGUGCGAGCAAUUUUACAGCACCUUCGUGACGGACCCGAAAUUCCGGUCCCGCAUGAACAUUGUCUUUACCAUCGGCGACGGGCAGACCGGGCGAAACCCCUAUGAACUGCACAAGUAUCGUACUCGUAUAUAUAAAUGCAUUACAAAUUUCCUCAGCAUGAGAAAUAAAAUCUGUAAUGGGGAUUUGCCUGAAGAAAAAGAUUUGUAAUGCAUGAUUGCAAUACGAGUGCGACACUUUUGCACAGGAUAGCCCCGAAUUGGUUGCAAAAUUUUUGCAGGAAACCUCGGAGGACCUGGGCUGGCUGGACAUCCGCUCCCACCCGCUGGGGAUCGACAGCGACGCAAUUCGCGUAUGCAAUGCAAAUGUAUCGUACUACGUAUAAAUUGCAUUACAAAUUAGCUCACCAUUACAAAUUGAAUUUGUAAUGCUGAUCUACCUUGAGAAAGAGAUUUGUUUUUGUAAUGCAUAAGCGCAAUUACUGCGAGCGCGAUACUUUUGCGCAGGAUAUCGUGUGACGACCUACAACGCACAAACGCUAGAAACCGUGCAAAUUGUCCGCGAUUUUAUGCAGGAUUUCUGGAAGCGACAUCGCUGAAGUGUUGCCAGCUUCAGAUUUCUAUAUUGCUGAUAGAUGACAAGACGUUUCCAAAAAAAUGAGGAAUGCACUACGAACCGUUUCAAGUAGCUGGGUAUCCUUCAUCAAGCGAUGCAUUAUUCUCGCGUUUCGCUUUUUUUUUGCGUUUUGGUUUUUCCUUUUCAAAAUGCAUUUUUGUGUAAAAAGGCAAUACUGCCAACAGCUCGACGGACUCAUCUACAUGCGAGACGAGAGACAACGGCGCUGGUGACAAGAAUAUCAAUUGUGACAGUUGUCCCCUCAGUUCGACGCCAUCUCUAUCUCAUUUCAGAAACGAACAAUUAAACUGGAAAU